CCAGACAAUUCACAUAUAUGGAAACGCGAUCUCAGAGAUAGCAGGAUACGGCCUUUUGGACGAUAUAUCACUACAUUUGACUGGUCUCCUAUCUUGGACAUACAUGACUGUGAUACAAAAGAUAAAAAGUUUAACGAUACAAUGACUGUGAUGAUUGAAAAAUUCUUUCCCUUGGAACGGAUUAAAGUACGAAAGUGUGAUAAGCCUUGGAUGACGUCAUCAAUAAAGUCUGCUAUUGGGAGACGCCAAAAAGCCUUACACGAAAGCGGGAAAAAUUCAGAUAUUUAUAAAUAUUGGCGUAACAGAGUCCAAUCAUGCAUUAAAGUUGUACGAAAGAUCUACUAUAUGAGGUCAGUUGAGAAAUUAAAAAAUUCUAACCCGGCAAGAUGGUGGAAAGAAGUGAAAGCCAUUGGUGGUCUCUCGUCAAAAAAUUCUUG